AUGGAUAAGGCCCAACCCAAAGAUGCGCAACCGGAAAAGAAGGACUUCAAGCCACUUAACAAAGUCGAGGAAUACCAGCUUCUAUGGGAGCAGAUGCUGAAAAGCACCGAUGUUCUAAUCCAGAAGAUUAGAGGUAGACACAGUUCAGUUCAGCUCGAUUAUGAUAUGGAAGGGAAGUUGACAAACAUUUUAGAUGAAGAAAAAGCUAGAGAACCAGAUCAAAGUUUCUCUCGGUGA